AUGAAUGCGUACAUGAAACAAAUCGAAAUUGAAAAUCACUCCCAAGAUUCAGUUUUUUCAUCUGAAUACCAAAAUUCCACUUUGAUGCAAAUCAAUAAGCUGAUUGAACCUUAUGAACGCCUACUGGGGAUUCAAAUACAGAAAACCCAUUCUGGUUCACUUCAGUUAGCAUUUCAUGGUUGUUCAAAAUCAUCGGUAGGAAAAGCAGGAUUUGUAUGCUGCUGUCGCUUACGCCUUGUAAACCGUAAUCGUUUCGAACUGUUGUACUGUUAUCCAUCCGUACCUGAUAUAGAAAGGCUUGUCAACCAUUUAAACUGGACUGAGGAUAUUCGAAGUUUUAUCAUUGUUUUAAGACAACGUUUCUGUCGUCAUUUUGAUUUACCUGCUUCAGUGUCUAAUAAAUCAGAAUCAGAAUGA